AUGGAAAGCGACAGCAUCUUAAGAAUAAUUUUUAUUACUUACAUGUCGCCGCAUAAUGUACUUAGAGAGUUUCAAUCAUGCGAUGAAAUCUUUCUCGCGCAUCAUCACAAGUCGCUGUUAAUGCAUGAAAAACUUGAUGAAAGGCAAAUAAUACCACAACACAAUUUUAAUUGCAUACAACAGGUGCAAAAAGCAGCAUUUGUGAAUUAG